AUGGCUUCCAAACUGCAAGACCACAUCGAUGCCCUGCACACUCUCCCUCUGGCCGAGGCCAUUCAAGCAAUCGCCGACCUGACACCAGGCCUCACAAGCGUUCUCCCUCAGGAAUACGGGUACUUCGUCCAACACCCUGACUACGACGGAAUCUGCAAUCUGAACAACAUCGGCAGCCUCUGGCUGAAGCUUGGAUCGCAAUGUUGCGAUGACCAUGCCCCCCUCGAAGUGCGCUUCGUCCACACUUCCCUGGAUGACCCGAUCUACGAAGUUUACGGCACCAGCUACGAGAUGUUGAAUAAGGUACUCAUUAAUGGGACUGUGGCACCUCCCGCCCCCAAUAAGAAUCCCGGUUACUGCGCCUGCUGUAGCGGUGAGCCCGACGCUAUCAUCUUGGCUUGUUUCCAUGAACGGCAGGCGUUGUUUUUUUUACCAAAAAGGAGUACAGGGCGCUCUGGGGGGGAUGAGCCGAAUUCGGGGGUGAGGUUUAGUAAUGGAAAUGGUUGGGUGAAGCGUUAUAUCAAUGCAAGUAAGGAGCAGCUUGAGGAGGCUCUGGUCAGGAACCCGGCUGUUGGCAUUCCAAGUAUUCUAUAG